CUUCAGUGGAUGUCCGCCUAGGCGCACAUCCGCGAAAGUGUCAUUAUCCAAAGCAUCGUGCAACUACGAACAGUAGUCUAGAGUGUUUUGAUAAUUGCUGUCCAACGGGUUUUUAUCUACCAGCACAAUGAAGUAUAAGGUGUUACUUACAUUUGUGGUGACCCUGGCCUUGCGGGUGGAUGCGUGGACCUGGUUGUGGUGGAGCAGUAGUGGUGGUGGUGGUGAGAAGGGGUCUGUGUCUGAAGCACUGUGUCCUGAGCCGCAGGACAUUCUUCCCUGCAUUUGUACCAACGCCUCCCUGUCCUCGAUGAAGAUGGACUGCUCAGAAAUACUAGACGAGUACGAACUGAUGAAUGUAUUUUCUGCUUUCUUCCCGGUUACCGAGUUCAAUGAGCUCGUUAUCGCCAAUAAUGACUACCUGAUCACUUUGCCCAAUGGGGUGUUUAAUGACGUGUCCUUCAGGACUAUUUCGAUACACGGAGGAGUUUUAGAGGUCAUAGAAGAAGCAGCCCUUACCUCCAGUUUCACUACGGCCCAAUAUCUCAUGUUUCAUCAGAAUAAGAUCUCAGAUUUUCCCUUUCACGUUUUAUCCUCUUUCACCGAUUUGAAGAGUCUGAGCCUCGCUGAUAACAACCUUCAGGAGCUGCCCGAUCUGUCCUCAGCCACCCUGGAACACUUGUACCUGGACAAUAAUCCGCUGGAGCAGGUAGCCGCCACUACCUUUGCCAACACACCUGCGCUCUCUGUUAUUUACCUUCAGGAAACUCGUCUUCAAGAGAUUGUUCCAGGCACCUUCAGCGGUCUGCCUAAUUUGGAAAUGGUCUACCUUUUCCGCAACUACCUGACGGAGGUGCCAGAGGGGGCUGUGGAGUUUCCUGAUGUCGACGGUUCAGUGUUCCUCAGCCUCAAUAAUAUCAGCACGGUCGCCCCCAACGCCUUUACCGGCAUGACGGGCGGUAAGGUGGAGGUGCAGUACAACAACCUGUCGGAGCUUCCGGAGGAGGUUUGGCGGCCGUUGCUUGAGGAGGGUGUCAACAUUAGCCCCUACGGUAAUCCUCUCGUCUGCGGGUGUGAUAUCGCUUGGCUUCUAAACUCGUCUUUCAUCGGCCAAAUUGAGCCAAUGCUUACCACCUGCGAGAACGGAGACAAGCUCGCCUUGCUGGACCCCGAAGAUUAUGCCGAUUGUUGAGUUAUCUGGCAACUCUUUGCAUUUGAUUGUCCUGCCCUAUAAAAAGAAAUAAUAAAUAGAUUAAUAAAUAAAUAACAAAGCCCGUUCA